AUGUAUGACAAUGGAAAUGCAACUGCAGCUCAUCGGAUACAAGGUGCCGUUUGCUGUGGUUCGCAACCUCAUCGUUGGAAUUAUUGCCUUUUGAGAGAAACAAACACACAAGAAAAGAUAAAAAAAGAACAUGGGAUGCAAUUACUAAUCGGCAAAUCAGCUCCUUCUAAAAUAGGUUCGUUUGACACGAACUUGCGCCAUAAUAGAUGGCAACAGGUUGGAGUCAUACCUUUAUUUCACAAAUACAUUCUAAGCACGACGUUCGAGUACAUUGUCGGAAUUAUGACCGUUCAGCCUAGCGAUGGUUACCUGAUGCAUACUCGUAAUCGUAGGUUGUGA